ACUGCCCCUCCUCACAGCCCCUCACACCUCACACACGACCCUUAGGGUGCUGUGGUGGGUCUGGACCACCACCCGUGUGAGUGACAUUAGGGGAGGAGGAGGGAAAGUCUGAAAGAUUAGACGCAGCUCCUAGCUCCUUAAGAAGGGGACUACACACACACUCCUAGCAUUCCUAGCAUUAACUCCUAGCUAUACCUCCUCUCUCGGUUAAUGACACGGCUAGGAACGUGGGGAUUUAGGCACUCUGGCACUCUAACUAGAGUUUUUAGAGUGACGUACUAAUGACAGGAGGUUUCUAUAGUGUCGAAGCUUUUCAGAAUUACACUCCUUUUGUUUUACCUGGAUUUACCUGCACCACGUCAUUGGUGAGCCUCGACGGGGACAGAAAGCCGGCUGCCAGUCAAGGGGGCCUUUUCAAGAUUAAUGACAAUUAUGACAAGUUCCCGCCUGCAGACCUCCCGUGUGGUUGUCUUAUUGAUGGUGGGAGUGAGUGCGGUAGUAAUACUGAUGUAUAUACACUUGGCGAAGGAAGUUUGUCACUUACGCAAUUAUAUCCAUUCUCAUCCUGCCUUGGAACUUCAAGUGAGCAGUGCACUUGCGGGUAGUAGCAGCAGCAGUAACGAUGAAGAUAGAAGAGGCCUCACCAGCAGCAACAAUAUUGUUAGAGGUCUCGACUUGGAUAACUUAAUUGUUAUCUACAACCGGGUCCCAAAGACAGGCUCUACGUCAUUUAUUGGCUUGGCGUAUGACCUCUGCUCUAAAAACAAGUUCAAUGUCAUUAAUGUAAACACUACAAAGAAGACCCCAACUCUGUCUUUAACAGAUCAGAUGCGGCUUGUCUAUAAUAUUUCAAACUGGGAAGAGAAGAAACCUGGAAUAUAUCAUGGUCAUAUUGCAUACUUGGAUUUCAAUAGGUUUGGUGUAAAUGUCCAACCACUAUACAUCAACAUCAUAAGAAAUCCUCUCGAACGUCUAGUGUCCCACUAUUACUUCAUCCGAUAUGGUGAUGACAUUAAGCCACAACGCGUUUAUAAGAAGAUGGGUGAUAAAAUGACGUUAGAUGAAUGUGUAGCCUUGCAGCAUCCAGAUUGCUCAACUAAUCAUCUAUGGAUGCAAAUUCCAUUCUUCUGUGGUCAUCACGCUGAGUGCUGGAUACCAGGUUCAAGUUGGGCCCUGGAACUUGCUAAGCAUAACUUAGUACACAAUUACUUCCUUGUUGGGGUCACUGAAGAAAUGGAAGAUUUUGUGGCCAUGCUCGAAUAUUCUCUCCCGCGAAUGUUUAAAGGGGCUCUGGAUCUCUAUAUUUUGGGUACAAAAUCUCACAUAAGAAAAACAUCUAAGAAGAUAAUGCCGUCUGAUGAAACUAUAGCCAAGCUUCAAAAUACAAAGGUUUGGAGGUUGGAAAAUGAGUUUUACAACUUUGCUCUGGAUCAUUUCCACUAUAUUCGUAAGAAGACCCUCGUAGAAGCUGAAAAUGGUGGCGGUCUUGUGGACAGAGGACAAAACUUUGUCUAUGGUAAAAUUAAGCCCAGGAAAAGCUAAGGAGUGUUCAAAACAUGACCCAGUGAAAUUAAUGGUGCUAUAUAGGAUAAGUAAACUCGUUGGGAAUUGUGAUUAUUUAAGGUGCUUGGCUUUCUCAGUUUUGUACACCACAGAGUCAGUCUUCACUUCCCCCACAAGUGCCUCGUCGACAUUUUAAUUGCUGUUUAUGAUGUCACUCUUAGGGUAAUGACAUAGAUAAGGCACAUUAGAGAAAUCUUGGUAAUUAUGUAGACAGUGCAUAUAUAAUUUAAUACAUUUACUAGAUAUAUUACAGUUUUUUGUAGUUCCAUCAUGUUCCAUAAAGUGCAUUGGAAUACUGUAAUGGAAUUGGAAAAAGAAAUGAUGGUUCUGUGAAUCAUUAAUCUACCGCACUUAAUUCUAUGAUCUUUCUGGGUGUUGUGGUGCAUUGGCAGUCUGACUCAAGUUGGGUGUUUGUACCCACACUGCUACUUUACACACAAUGUGUUUACACACAUUUACAAUACUUAUUUUCUUCAGUGUCAAGAUUUUCUGCAGAAUCUUUUUAAAUAUUAGCCGAAGCUUAUUUGUUAUCCAAAUGACCUAAUUGGAUUUGUUAAUGGAAGGGGAGACUGGGAAUGGUUUGGACAGGUUUUGGGAAAAUAUCUGUAAAUUCUGGCGUUCAUAAAAGCCAACACAUUGAAACAAAAACACGUUUAAUUCCAAUAGUAUGAAAUAAAUUUAUAUAGAGGUGAAUUGAGAAACGAUAUAUAUUUAUAUGACCUCGAAGCCACAGUAUGAAUACAGUACAUCAUUAUUUUGAAAAGAAAGCAGUAUUCAUCAGUCAUAUAAUCAAAAUUACUGAAUUAUUAAUUAAUAAUUAAUUAAUAUAGUUUUAAUUAAAAUUACAAUUAAUUAAAAUUAAUUAAUAUAGUUCGACCAGUUGAUUUACAUUUCUGUUAAGUUUCAUUUUAAUUGAUGAGUUGCCUGAAAAUAGUUGUUGAUUUAUGGAACCAGUUGCUGGGGUAACCUGAUAGACGUAGGAUCAUCGAAUUGUCUCAAGUGUAGGCAAGACACAAGCGAGUUGGGUGGAUAUAAAUAGAAGCUGCCUCGCAUGGGCCAAUAGGUCUUCUGCAGCUUCAUUUAUUCUUCUGCCUAGUUCGUCAUGUGAUGUGACUCUAUCAUGGAGUCAUGUGAGUCGGAGUAGGUUGAGCUUUACUAAAACCUAAAAAACAUACAUACAUACAUAUAUAUAUAUA